AUGCCUCCCGCCCCGUCCCCACCCUCGCCCAACACUUCCAGCAGAAAGAGAGCCCAUGCAGCGGUUGAUACGUCGCCGACACAGACCGAUCAUCCAGUAUCCUCACGAGAGAAUCCAGUUGCUACGGCCACUCAGACCUCUAUAUCCCCCGCGCUUUCGACCGCACACUCCACCAUUACUGCAGCGUCAACCACAUCAUCCUCUUCCUUUCGCAAUGUCUCGGCUUGUAACCGCUGCAGGUUGCGCAAGAACCGAUGCGAUCAGAGACUUCCACGGUGCCAGGCUUGCGAGAAGGCGGGAGUCCGCUGCGUUGGGUACGAUCCGAUCACUAAGAGGGAGAUUCCGCGCAGCUACGUACAUUUCUUAGAAACGCGGGUUGCAUAUCUGGAAAAACAAUUGGUUGAGCACAAGAUUGAAUUCAAAAAAGCCGUGGCUUUUGAUGAGGAUGAGGCUAUCAAGACCGAGAAUGAAGGAGACACCGCAAUUGUCGGAUCGUCAUCUGACGCUCCAGGCGCCGACGAACCGGAGAAGAAGCGGAAAGAAGCCACAAACCCUGGAAAUAUAGAGAGAUCUGCCGUGAAAACAGACGGCGAAGAGUUUGGACAUAUAGAAAGGCACUACAGCGCCGCAGAUGAGGAACAUUGGCGUCUGCAUAAUCUGGUUUCGAAUAUAGGCAUGGUCUCUGUGCAAGGGACCUCUGACCCGAGAUAUCUCGGUUCCACAUCAGGCAUUUCGUUUGCCAGGGUUGUCUUUGCAGCUGUGCGAAGCUCACUCCCAGGCAACUUGCCUGAGCGAACUCCGAUGCGUCCAAGCGAAAGACUACCGCAGACAGCGAGUGGUCCCGCUGGAGGAAGUAUGCGUGACUCAUUUUUCGGAUUGCAAACAAGACCGAUGAUGAAACGUGCUGAUUUUCCCGGUCGUGAGCUUGCCGAACGUCUUGUGGAUUUAUAUUUCGAGCAUGCGAAUCCCCAAAUGCCAAUUCUGCACCGAGGCGAUUUCAUGGAUCUUCUGAACCGCACCUAUUCGGUUGAAGACAGCAAGCGUUCGCCACGGGCUCUUUACAUUCUCAAUAUUGUGUUUGCUAUUGGUGCAGGAAUCAUCUUCGAGGACAAAUCCCAAGCACAAGAUGGGGAGCACAGUGCUGGCCGUGAUCAAGGGUCGUCUACUUCCAAACGAACGCGCCUGUCUAAUCACCAAUAUCAGCCCGAAGAGUACCACGCAUCCGCGAUCGUACACUUAGAGUCCUUCCUUGGGUCUUCGCCAACUGAAGGAUUCGGCGGCCUGGAAGAGCUUCAGGCAGUUCUUCUGCUCGCCAGUUUUGCCUUGCUUCGACCUGUGGCUCCCGGUCUCUGGUACAUCGUGGGUGUCGCGAUGCGGCUGGCCGUUGAUCUGGGGCUUCACUACGAGGACGGUGUGGGUCUCGGUAAUGUCAAAGAUGGCAAUCAAAAUCAAGAUGUUCUUCAACCCACCGAGCGAGGACGCCGAGAAUGGAUCCGUGAUUUGCGACGCAGACUGUGGUGGUGCGUGUAUAGUUUCGACCGGCUGGUUGCGACCUGCGUUGGCCGACCCUUCGGCAUCAAUGAUCAAGCGAUUAGCACCGAAUUUCCAUCUUUGGUUGAUGACAAAUACAUCACUCGGUCAGGUUUGGUCAAACCUGUAGAUGGAGCUCCAACGUACAAACACGUCGCGUUCCACUACUUUAAACUUCGACUGCUUCAAUCCGAGAUUCAUGACGUUCUGCAGUAUCAGCAGGCUCGUGCAAGUCGCAGACGCGCUCCGAGCUCUGGUCCAGGUCUACCCCAUGAUGAUCUCAUAUCGCCAUUCCUACAAGGGUUUGACUCUUUCCGCUCAUGGCGCCAUGACGUGCACCGCCGUCUGAUUGAAUGGAAAGAGACCGCACCUACACGUCUUGAAACAGGUGUUCGUUUUUCGAUCGAAUUGUUGGAGCUGAAUUACUGGCAGGCGAUCAUCUUACUUUAUCAGCAGAGCUUGACAGUGCCGGCAGAGCUGGCCUCAGAGCUCACACCAGCAGAUGAUGUUUCCAGUCCAUCUCUUUCUUAUCCUGACGAUGGCGAUGACGAAGAUCACGUAUACUUGAACGUUGCCGAGGCAGGCCAGAAAGUGAUUCGGAUCUAUCGGCAGCUGCAUCGUAUUCGCUUAGUGAAUUACACAUACCUUGCUACGCAUCAUAUUUUCAUGGCAGGCAUAUCCUUCCUUUAUGCAAUCUGGCACUCGCCCCUCGUCCGCAGUCGUUUGACUCUGGACGAAGUCGAUUUUACGGUACUUGCAGCGACUUCAGUACUCGGCGACUUGACUCACAAGUGUCCUCCUGCUGAAAAUUGUCGGGAUGCCUUUGAGCGAAUGAGUAAAGCCACGGUUCGAAUGAGCCUCUCGACGACAGGAUUUGGUUCUCAGGUCGACGUGUCUCGCAUCCAAGGCGCCACCUACAACGCGAAUAAUAUUUAUUCGAGUCGCCGUCACUCCUGGAACCCGCGAAAUUCAAACGACCAAGGACACGGUCGACGCUCAACCCACUCCCGUGCAACGAAACCGGCGCCCAAAUUCGACAUGAAUUUGGCAGAGUUGUUCAGCGACUCGAAUGCACCUCUGGCAGACAGAGCACAAACCGAGACCCGAACUCCUGGAAACAGCUUUGCCAACCGAGCGGAGCCCACCGAAGUAGCUGCGUCGGAGUUUCCCCGUCCAUUUGCGCAGCGUACCCCUUCGAUGGAGUACUUCAUGAAGUAUGAAGGCCAGACGUCGCCACAAAUGCAAAACCAUCCUCAAUUCAUGUACGGCCAUUCUCCACCUCAAGACGUCUCCUCGAGCGGUGUCCAACCGAGCACCAAGUCCAAUGAAAUGCAGUCUGCCGACCCUGACGCCCAUCGAGGCAUUGGUCUCGAUUUCUUGGAUUUCCAAAAUGGCGACCCUGAAGCUCCCGCUCCAGAGCACAGUGCAAACCCCGACUUUGACAUAGCAGGUAUGCCGAAUUUAGGCCAGAAUGUCGGAAUCGAUCUCGGGUUCGGCAUGGCGAUGGAUUUCCAGCAUGAUUGGAGUGAAAAUCCCAAUUAUGACAUUCUCGAUGGAUUUUUCUUCGGUGGUACGGGGGGCGGUCCCCGAGCGGUGACGCUUCUUGAGAAAUGA